GAUGGGCCCGCCCACUGAACGGGACCCACCUCCCUAUCCGGGACAUUUACCUCCACAAGCUUACUCUGAAAACGAUUCGUCUAUGGAGAAUCUUUCGGCCUGUACUCGACAGGAACCGCAAGGCCAGGAAAAUUCUACCGCAACUACUCCAACAGCACUGCCUGACACCCAUUUUCUUUUACCUGAAAAGUGUAAAAAUUCAAUAUUACAUAAACUGGGCGCUGUUGUGGUACGGAAUGAAGACGGCCAGACUGAGAUAAGAACGGCGAAACGAGGGUCAAAAUUGCCUCAAGGUCAGAAGAUCAAGGUCAAAUCAAGACCCGUUAGUGAAUAUGAAAAUGUAAAAUCCUCAACUAGUAAUGCUUCCAAUAUAUCAAAAUUACCAACAACAAAAUCAAGAGGACCUAAUGAGCUUUUACAAUCUUUAAAAAAUCCAUUUCGAAAGUACAUGGAAGCCGGUACAAUGAAGAACUCAGAAAACCGAAAGUCAGCAAAUAGGUCAAAGUUACCACCCCCAAAAACCGUAUCAAAAAUUGAUAAAGUUCAAAAGAAGGGUACCGGCGAAGACCAACAACAAACACAGCCCGUUGGCGGUCCCUUAAAAACCGUGAAAGCGCCUUUAUUAUCCAGACCAAGCGGAGUUCCGACUUCUUCGAGUAUAAGAAUUGCGUCACAUGUUCCCAAUCUAUUCAUUCGAAAGGAGGAGGAAAAAUCUUUAGCAGUUACAAACAACGCAAAGCGUCCUCUACCGCCUAUUCCCUCCUGCCGAGAUUCUUUACCGAGUUCUCGCGAAAGUUCUAUUUGCAAAACCGAAUCUUCGCCACCUGUCUCACCAGGAAUUCGUCAGGUUAUACAUCAAUUAACUAAUGGUACUAGAAAACCCUCCCCGCAGCCUUCGGGGACUGCUCCCGCUCUAAACAACCGAGUCGCGGCCAUGCGUCAAAAAUUUCAAGACGGCCGAGAGUGCUUGUCAGCCGAUAAUACCAGACCUACCUCACCAAAAGGUCAAAGGUCACCGUCUCUAACGCAAUCAAAUCCUGAUCUUAUGCAAAUUGAUGACAAAAAGCCAAUGAACGAAAUACAUACGGAAAAGAAGCCGGAAGAAACGGAAUGUUUGAAUAUCACUGCCAGAACGGCAAGAAUGAUUAAAAUAUUAUCAAAAGAGAAUAGAACACUUAGGGAGCAAUUGCAAACAAAUUGCUGUAAGGUAGCAAAAUUACAGCAGUUGGAGGAAGAAAUGGCAAGAAUAAAGGAUGAAUAUGAUAAUUUAAGCAGACAAAAUAAGAAGAGAGAGCAUUUAGAGAGAAGCGUCAGAUUAAAAUUAGAAGAUCAGUUAAGAACAGUUGAAGACGAGAAUUUAGAUAUGAGAAAGAAAUUAGAAAGGCUAAUGCGGAAAUUAGAAGAAAAAGAAAUGUUAGAUCAUUCAAACGAUUCAGAUCUUUAUCUAGAAAUGAGGAAAAAAGAUGCUAUUAUUUCACAUCUUUUAGCGCAAAAUAAAAAGUACUGUAACGAAAAAGAACGUCUACAAGUGGAGCUUGCAGCACAAAGAGUUCACUGUGGUAUGGAUAAGGCAACAUCUUUCGACGCCAGUUACCUUGUCAAUUUAAAUGAGGAGCAGGAACCUCGAUUCUAUGUGCUGCAAGAUCCACCUCCAAUAUCCCCUACAGCACUGCCUGUAUACCGGCUUCCACAUUUCGAACCGAAUAGGAAAUCUCAAUCCAGCUCCCCAAAAUUGGGGAGAGAGAGUAAACUAUCGCCUAAAAGACAAAGGAAAAAACAACAAUCAAACGCUUCAUCCCAAGUCGAAAUGAAUCACGAUGAACCUAGAGAAGAGACUUCUAUAUUACAAAAGAUUUUACAAGAUAUGAGAGAUAAAGAUAAAAAAAUAGCCGAUUUAGAAACUCGGAUAAAAAAUAAUGAAUCCGUCAGAGAGAAAGAGAAAAUCCUGCAACAAAUAACAGAAAUACAAGCACAAUGUUCCCCUCAAGGAUCUCCAAAGAGUCAAAAACGGGAAACAAACUACCCUCCACACGUUAGUCCGAAUGCCUGCGCUCAGCUAGAAGAGCUUAAAACAGCCCAAGAGAAAAUGGAAAAUCAAAUGCAAUCUCUAAAGCAACAAUUGUUGGAAAGAGAUAAAAUGCUUCGUAAACUAACUAAUGGAACACCAUCACCUCCGCCUAGUCCACCUCAAUUAGUAACGGUUGGGGUAACAAUGACUUCGCCAAUCCUUAAUAGAGCACCAAUGUUAUUUAAUACCGCUGUUAGUGAAGCAACAACUCUCUCAAAUACGGAUUUAAGGAGUGGUCUACAGCAGGCUACGUCUAACAGCAGCAGCGCUUGUGGUCCUUUACAAAAGGUUGCACAGGUUUUAGAAGAGAAUAUUUGGCAAUAA